AUGCGAAGGAGCACCGCACGCGAUCGCCAUGAUCGAUCCCAUGUGCUGUGUUACCUGGUGUUGGCACUGGUGUUGGGCUUGCCACCUCAACAAUCACACGCACACGCCACCGUUGAUGCCCACGCUUUCAAGGAUGGCUUGUGUGGCGAUGUAGCAGGAACGCUGGACACGAUCGGCGCCGCAUUUACGCGACAUGGAAUACCUUUCCUGCAGAGCAACGAUACAGCGCAUGAAGAAGAAGAAAAAGAAGAAGUUGAUGAAAGAGCCGCGUCCUCACAGCAGGUUAUCAGCCUGCUGCCUGUCGUUCGCAUGAUGCAGGCCUUUGGCUGCAUGGAUCCUGAGCCACACAACGACCCACUCCUGCCCGCCACCAAAACCCUCCACCCACAGCUGCAGCCACAGCUGCAGCCACCACAGUCACAACCACCACCACCACGGGCACCUGUAAUACGUUCGCGGCACCGGCGGGAGGUGCUGACGUCUGCAUCGUCCUCUGUCAACGAGUGCCGCGUGCGUGGGUCCUGCAAGCUGGCCACCGUGCUGGACGGCACGUGCUUGGGCCCGACCGUCAACGGCACGCUGACCAUAACCUUUGCGCACGAUGAGGCGGAGAUCGACACCACCAGCGGCCCGUCUGCAGUCCGUGCUCUGCAGUUUGUAUCCGGCAACACGACGAGCCUCACCAUCACGGGGCGCGUGGGGUCUGUGACGUUGCAGUGGCUGCUGGACAAUGGCGUGUGGACGGCUGUGCGCGACCUCACCGUCGAAGGCCUGCAGUUUACCGAGCUGCAGCUGAGCAUGUUCAACCCAUUUAGCAGCAUGGACACACUUCGCGUCGUGAACAGCGAGUCGCUCACCAUAUCUGCACAGGGCGCAGACAUCGCCGAGCAGCUGCUUGUGCUCAGCCUGCGCAACAUCUCGCUGCCCUCCCUCCCCACCGACACGUUUGCACGCAUGACGGCCCUGCUGCAGCUCGACCUCUCCCUCAACCGCCUCAGUCAUCUCGACAAGCGCCUCUUCGCUCCGCUUACAGCGCUGCAGCAGCUUUUUCUCGACCACAACCGCCUUCAACGCAUCCCCGCAGGCGUGUUGAACACACUCACCGCGCUGCGUGUGCUCAUUCACGAGCAGAACGACAUCAGCGUGGUGGACGCGGGCGCCUUUCAGGGGCUCACCCGCCUCUUGCUGCUGGACCUGACCGACAACCCGGUUGCAACCCUACCGCCGCACGUGUUUGAUGGGCUCACGGCACUCCGGCAGCUGGAGUUGGACGACCUGCGCCUGCAACGCCUGCCGCAGCGAGCGUUUGCACACACGACGCAGCUGCGCCUCCUCCGCAUCAACAACAACGACCUGACCGCGUUUGACGAGGAUGUGUUCUGGGGUCUGUCGCAGAUGCUUGAUCUCCGCUUCCACAACAACAGGUUCACGCGCAUGCCGCCACGCCUGUUCAGGGACCUGAGUCAGGUCGACACCAUGAUCCUUCGUGACAAUCGCCUCAAGUCGCUCCCCGCCCACCUGCUGGACGCGUGCGUUUCGUUAAAGGACUUCCGCUGUCAGAACAACCAGCUGACGUCUGUACCACCAGGAUUGUUUCGCCACAUGACCAUGCUCCGUGUGGUGUUUUUGUCCGGCAACCAGCUGCAGUCUGUCGACGGCCUGUUUGACAACAUGACCGCGCUGACGGGGCUGGUGCUGGACGGCAACAACAUUGCGCACUUUCGCACACCGAUCCCGUCCCUGUCCAUCCUGCGAUUGCGCAACAACCCCAUGCGCGAGCUGCCACACCUUGAAGACUUUCCAGUUCUGGACGAGCUGCGCCUAUCGCAGCACCUCAUCCCCGUUCUCGACCUGUCCAUCCUCACGCGCCACACGCCGCUGCACAUCCUGCAGCUUGACGCCGACCCGCGCGUCCACUCGACCGCCAUCGUCCACCCGGCACAGACCAGCAGUGGCAACAGUGGCAGUGGCAACAGCGGCAGUGAUGCGGUGCCGCCGCCAUCGGAGCUGACCAGCCUCCACCUGCAACACGUGGACAUCCGAAACCUCGUGCAGAACCUCCGCCGCGGCCGCGUCUUCAACAUUGACCGGCUGCAUCUCGGAUGGAGCGACAUGGACGAGACCACGGUCGACACCGCCGCGCUGUGCCACAUCCUCGCCGACAACGUCAUCGACUUUGCCCUCUCCAACACGCGCUACGCCGCCAUCACCCUCUGCCCCAACAAGACGUUCGACUCCGUCCUGUUGCAGGACAACAAGCACGUGGCAGCCGUGUCCAUCCCCGGCAGCGUGCGCGCUCUCAACAUGUCUGGGUGCAACGCGUUGACCAGCCUGGACGCGCCGCUGGUCGAGGUGCUGGACGUGAGCGAGACGCGUGUCACCCCGAGUGCUGCCAUCUGCACGCGGUGGGGCCGCCGCGUCCUCUUCGCCCGCAACCUGCUGCUGCAGCGAGGGCUGGGCAACCUCCCUCCCGUGCUGUUCCGGUGCCUGCAGACUGUGGAUGUGAUUGACCUGUCCGGCAACCCCUGGCUGGACAUGCCAUCCGUUGUCAACAGCGUGGCGGGCGAGAUUGUUGCCCUGUCACACCGCUCCCUGUCCAUUUCAGGCAUUUUUGUGCGCACACGCACGAAUCCCCCCGUGCUGCAGCUGCAAAACACGCCUAUCGAGUGCGCCAUUCGGUUUGGCAACGAGCUCCUGCGUGUGAACGGGCAAAAGUUUGCAGUGAGCACGGAGGUUGUCUACAACUACGACUGCACGUGCGCGCGGGGCUUCAAGAUGACGUCCGGUGGGCGGUGUGUGGUGGACAACCCAGAUGUUGCUGGCGUGGCUGCUGGCUCUGUGAUUGGUGGGCUGUUCUUUGGCCUGUUCGUCGCCUGGCUGUCACGCCGCUACCGUGGCCUGACCAAACGCAUCGACUUACAGGAGCAGCUGCUGGUGGCGCGAGACGAAGAAGUGAUGGCACUGAAGAAGGCGUGGGAGAUUGAGUACGAUGAGUUGAGGAUGAUCAAGCGUGUUGCUGCGGGCGCGUUUGGCGUGGUGUUCAAGGCCGAGUGGGACACGGUGACGGUGGCGGUCAAAGUGAUGCAGGAGAGUUUGAUGCUUCUUGAUGACACGAUGGUGGUGGAGUUUGAGAAGGAGGUGGAGUUCUUGCAGAAGACACGGCACCCGAAUGUGGUGCGCUUCUUUGGCGCGGGCACAGACCCCAACGGCAGCCCGUUCCUGGUGCUGGAGUUUGUGGCACUCGGGUCCCUGCGAGAUCUGUUGGGGAAAGAUAUGGAGCAAGUGUUGAGGGAGGUGAAGAACAGGAAGUUUGAGGAGAGUGGUGCUGGCCGCGAUGAUGUGAACAGUGUGUGGGACUUGAAGCUGCGACUGCUGCGUGACGUCGCGAGUGGCAUGGCAUUUAUCCACAGCCUCGACCAGAUGCACCGAGACCUGAAGAGCGGCAACGUGCUGGUGUCAUCGUCGCUCCGCGCCAAGAUUACGGAUUUCGGAUCCAUUCGCCAGUGCUUCACGCGAGAUCGGAAUCAGCGGCACACACGCCUCUCCUCCACUUCAAGCGAUGAUCCCCGGUACAGCCAGCAAGCUGGACUGCAGACGAUGACGAGCAUGACACUGACGGCUGGUGUGGGGACGCCGCUGUACAUGGCACCAGAGGCAUUGGUGGGUGACAAAUACAGCUUUGAGGCCGACGUGUUCAGCUUUGGCGUACUCAUGUGGGAAGUGGCGAUGCAGCGGGUGCCAGACCUGAUUGAGCAGGAGAAGGGGAGCGGGUAUCGAGGACCAAUCCUCGCCACGCUGAAGAGCUUGAUGGACCAAGGCAUCCGACUCAAGUUUGACGAUACUGAUGGCGCGAUACCGCUGUGGUUCAAAGCGCUUGCACGGGACUGCAUGGACCAGCACCCGCGCGGCCGGCCGUCAUUCAAACGCCUCAGCGAUGUGCGUUUGAAGGAGCAGCCAUAG